UGUUGCCGGGACUUACUUCCAUGAGUCGCUGUAAAGGUUGAUUAGACUUUAUUUCCUGGACCUUAAGUCAUGAGGGAAUAUUUGAUCGAACCAUGGAAAAUUUUGAGGGGUCUGAAUAGAGUGAAUCAAACAGGCCAUUGCUGCUGAGCUUCCUUAAAACUUGAACCAGGGGUCACAGAUUAGGUGUGAAAGGCGAAAUGCUGGAGGAGAACUGCGGGGGAUCUUCUUCAUUCCGAGGUUGGUGCGAGAGUGGAACGCGCGGCCCGACGAAAUGGUGGAGGCGGAUCCGGUUGCAACACUCAACCAAAAAACUCCUACUGUGUUUCGCUCUGCUGCUGCUCGCUGCUCAGCAGUCGGAAUCCUUUUGCACUUUGAUUCAACGGACACCACGGGAUGGGUCGAGUUUAUCGGAGCAGCCCUGCAUUGACCCACUCGACGGGGCGUCGUACCCAGUAGGAGAAACAUGGAUAGACGCCGACUGCAUGAGAUGCUCCUGCGGUGUUAAUACUACUGAAUGCUGUACGACGUACGUCAGACCAGUUGGCUACUCCGAAGAUUGUGAGGCAAAGUUCAAUUGCCGAGAGUGUCGGUAUCGAGUCUACCGGAAGGACAACCCGGCUAUUGAAUGUGAAUUCAGCGGAGCUGUUGGAAAAUGAGCUGGAGUGCUCAGUCAGCUCCCUUCCAGUCGAGACGAAAUCAUCAAUUUGAUAAAGGAUAUCAUGUCUGCUUCAUGAUAAAUAUAUUCAUCCAUUAAUUUCCAAUCAA